CAAAUAGAGAGUGAAAAGAGCUUUACCUCUGGUCAAAAUGACGAGUAGGCUUCUUUCAUCCUACACAGACAAGACAGAUAGAAGUCACCCACAGGGCCGAGCCGUUCUUUAAUCUGCCGCCGAAAGCACGAGGCUGUUACACUCAAAUUUGUUCCUGACAUACCAACUAGCAGAUAACCUCGACGUGGCCACGGAAACGAGAUGCAGCACUUGUUUUACUUCACGUUGCUGUUGUCGCUCAUUCUGACCUCGUCUCUCAAAACCCUGGACUCAGACCAAGAGCUGCAGGACAGCGGUUUUGGCCAACCACCGCCUCGCCACGGCCUCAAGCUGCUGGUGUGGUACGUUCAGAAAUGCCUGGACAACAACAUGGUGGCUCUGUGUGAUCCCACAAAGGGAGUGUAUGGGUUCCAUGAGUUUGAUAACCGAGGACCCAGGCGCCUGCUUCCAGUGAUUAGGGAUAAACAGCAGUACGGGUACCACACUGUCGGUAACCUUCAUUCUCAUCAUGCUGAGGACCUGCCGUAUGAAGUCAGGAAGUACUACAACCGCAGUGACCCUAAAAGCAACAUGGACAGAGUUCUGGUCCGAUACAACACCAACAACAAGCACAUCGACGAGAUCUACGCGUCUGCACAUUACGAUGCAAAAGAGACCUACAUAAUUGGGCCCAAUCUGUUUGCUUAUCUUCGAGACCCAUCUACCAUCAAUGAAGUAGUCACCUGCAAAUCCAAUAUGAGAUCACUCUAAUAGCUCUGGGAUUCUUCAAACAUUUCAAACAAUCUUGAAUGAUAUAUGUUGUAUUUGUGGUUUAACUAAGUUCUGUUAAUUGCUGAGAAAGAACGUUUUCCCCUGUUUAUUCUGCCAAGUGCAGUUUGCUUUGACAAUAUUGUUAUUCUAUGAUCAUCAUAAUAAAGUCUCUUUGAAUCUGAA